AUGAGUCUGUGCCAGCGGAAGAAGCAAACGUAUAGUUCAUGCGAAAAUAAAGCAAGCUCAACGAAAGAACUGGAUACCCUCUCUUCCGAGACCGAUUCAAAGCUCAUUUAUCUCGAAUGGAAGCAUAAUUCUAUGAUUUGCAAGACACUAGUGGAUGAAAAAAGAACUCAGCUGCAAGCUGAAGAGAGCGUCAAGAGCCGAGAUGUCUACCCGACCUUGUACAGAUAUGAUAUUCCCCUAGUAACCGAAUAUUCGGGGGUCCAGAGCAAGCAGCUGAUCAAAUUCUCUGGCACAUAUGAGAAGACGGUACCGGUGUUUGAGGCUAGGAACAGAUUGGUGUCCGUACAGCUUGAUGAGCCCGAUCCGCAAAGCUAUUUUCGGCGAGUAAACAUCGACUGGCUCCUCGACAUGUCUGCCUCGUUGUGUCCUGCAACAGAAAAGCGGCAUUGCAAACUAUCGGCCUUAAACUCGCCUAACAUCUGCACUCUGUCUAAUUCACAGUUUAGCUGGUCACUGUCACGAAAUCGUAUGAUUCACUCACUCACUCACUUCCUCUUGCCUUAUUUCCUACUCCGCCGUUUCUGUGUGCUUUCCUCGUCGCGGACACUUGAAACCUGUGUGUCAAUGGGCACACGUCGCUUACGCCCAAUUCACAUAUUUUCGUGGAUCAGUGAGGAGGGCAACGCUGUGGCAGUUCGGGAGAGUUACGCCGGUGAAGAUGUGCAAAUGAAGCUGCGAAUUUUCGUCAUCUCUCUUACCGACUAUGAGCACAAUCAUCGCGAGAUUAAUGGACUAAAGCAUGCCGGUAAGUGA